CCAACGUCCAAGCCUCGAACUCGGCACAAGAGGCUACGUACGACGCACUUGGCCCUGCGCCCCGAAUUCGUAGACCUCUAUCUUUCCCCGGGAGCUGACAACAAACCCGGCCACUCCAUUCCACCAAUUCCACCUCAUCCACCCGCGACACCGAAGCUUUAAUCCACGCAACAUCGCAAUCGAACCGUCAACAAACAACUGACGCAUCGCAACAUCGUCAAGUCGCAGCCCUCGCCCGACACCGCACACGAAGCCCCGACUUCUCUGUCUCUCCCUCCGUGUCGAUCCCAUCUCCGUGAGCUUGAUCUCGGCCCAUCUCCACAAUAGCUCGGAAAGUCCACGUACGCCAACACCAAGAAAAGUUUCCUACCACAACAAAAACACCACACAUACCGCCAACAUGACGCUCAAGGAGGAGUUCGCGACUAGAAACUUCAGCAUUUACGGCCAAUGGCUGGGCGUUCUGUCCAUGAUUCUGUGCUUAGCACUGGGCAUCUCCAACAUCUUCACCAUUCAUCCCCUUCUCAUCAUCUUCUGCGCCCUCGCCCUUGCCUCCGCGCUGGUGAUCCUCUUCAUUGAGAUCCCCUUACUGCUCCGAAUCUGCCCUACCUCGUCCACCUUCGAUGGCUUCAUCCGCAAGAUCUCCACCAACUACAUGCGCGCUGGCGCCUACGCCGGCAUGGCCGUCAUCCAAUUCCUUAGCACUAUCAUCGUCACCAGCAGCUUGAUCGCCGCCGGCGUCUUCCUCUCUCUGGCAGCCAUCUGCUACCUCCUCGCCGGCAUCAAGGGCCAGGCCUUCGUCGGCAGCAAGACCCUGGGCGGCCAGGGUGUCGCUCAGAUGAUUGUCUAGGAGAAACGCAAACAGCAAGACGGUCGCGGUCAAGAGGCGUAGACCGAAGCAUCGCCCGCGGCCGCGGCCGCAACCGCAACGACAGCUGAACCAGCAUGGGCAAACGUCAAUGAUAUCCAGUGCCUGGAAGCACGCAGAAAACGGGGAUGAUGAACAAGGGGAAUGAGUGUAUACAAUCGUGAGUAUUGAAGGUCCAUGGCGGUCAUGACUGCGUGUGACGCGCAAUGGCGCGGAGUGGUCGCAGAGACAGGCGUGGACUUUGUUUUUUGAUAUGCAACGGCCGGCAUAUUCGGAAAGGAACUCGGCGUCCCGGAACAAGCUUAGGCUUCGUGUGUACGACUUCGGUUGCGCUUUGGUUCCUAGAAGCUCCGGAUGUUAUGAUAGCUUUCUUCAUUGCACUGAAUUUACUGUUUUGAAGCAUUCCCUUCUGGCUGCGCCGGCCCAUGGUGUAUAGCGUGUUCUAUGCUCGUGAGUGGCCGUACUGACGAGAGGAUUCGAAUUAACCCAAACUGGGGUUGCACGCGUUCUUGGAAUAUAGACCUGCCAGUUCACAGGCGAUCCGAUGCAAGCUCCCAGGCAGUCUGAAGUUGGCAUAGCUCAGUCCUAGCAGUUUGCCAAGCCAACGGCGAAAAUGAAUAUUACGGACGACUGGUCAACGGGGAGCUAGCAGAGAGCUCGGUCGUUGGUUCUGCGGGUUGGUUAGUUCUAAGCCGGGGCCGCGUACUACUAAAUCAUAAGCAAGCCCCAUACAACCAAACCCUGCACUUCGUGAAGCUCGUGACCACCAAAAAGUCCGAUUCGACACCACGAAUGACCGUUCUCGUGCGCAUGUACCCCAACAAGCCGGCUCUAGCACGAGGGGGAAAUAGCCCCCUUUCCGCCAGUUCCAUGGUCUCCGUUGACAAGAUUGUGAACCAAGCACGAUGCCCAAACCGUGGUUGCUUGCUGGGUGUGCUGUGGAACCCCGGAUAUUGACGUAUGCCUCGUCAUCCUCCGCAGGGGAGGAUCUUGCAUUGCUGGUAUUGCUCAAGCUCUCGACUCGCCAACGUGGAUGCCGAGGGUCGAACAGCUUGGGGGCGAAGAAUCGAUCUACUGCAGGGGACACAGUGCGGUAUCAUCAAGAGUCUGAAAAGGAGGAAAUCGCAGGGCAUGAGAAGCCAUGACAUGCAGGAAUUAGCAACGCGAUGUCUACAGUAAGGCCCGUCUUUAGCAUACGUCUUUGGCCCAUCUUUUGCUGCGAGAGGUCGCUUUCGCCCCCAUUGUUAUGGAGGGCGAGGAGACAAGAAGCCGAGACGACAUGGCACUUGGCCCAAUGGCGUCAUUCAGCAGCACCACCGUGGGAACGACGGAGACGGAGGAGUGGCUGGAAGGCUCUGGUCCGCUCCAUUAGAGUCCCAUGAAGAAGCCCAACGGGGCUUCUGGUCCCGGCCCGCCGGUCUUUUAGCUCAUGGCGGUGACGAAGCUCCCCGUUUCUCACCUCCACAGGGGUCCUGCAAGAUGUGAAGAAAGCAGUGUACCUGUAAAGGCCGGGCAGUUCCACGGAUCAUCGAAGGCGAGAGUCCAGAGAGGACAGAGUUGCUGGAAAUUUCGAUUUGCU